GCUUACGCAUAGUUGCCAAGGAAUUUUCUCCACACUAGAUCUCUAUUAUCAUGUCUGCCAUUAUUUCAAAAGAUGAACCCUCUCCUCUACCAUCCCAUCUCAUCCCCUGUUAUCUCCAAGAAAACGAUAUCGUUCCAGAAUUCAAAAACAUGGUUCUUUCUCUACCACGAGAAAAGGGUUGGCUAGCUUCUUAUCUCCAUCUAUACCAAGGGUUUUGGCACUCAACCAGGCAGAUUCAAGGUGUUCUGUCUAUCCAAAAACAUUUCAAAUCACUUGACAAUGAUAUUCUCCUAGUGACCACUCCUAAAUCAGGCACCACAUGGCUCAAGGCCAUCAUUUUCUCUCUGGUCAACCGCUCAGUUUUCCCGGACACCAAACACAAUCACCCAUUACUCACCACCAACCCUCACACUCUCGUACCCAUCUUAGAACUUAGUCUCUACAUGCCCAGUAAGAGUAAGCAUGUGAUCCCCGAUCUUUCUUCUAUUUUCAAGGCCUCUGUAGAUAGUCCAAGAUUCCUCUCCACUCAUUUGCCUUACGUUUCUCUGCCUGACUCAGUUAAAAACUCACCCUGCAAACUCGUUUACCUCUGUAGAAACCCUAAGGACGUUUUUGUCUCUCUCUGGCACUUCACUAACCGGUUAAAGCCCGAGAGUUGUGCCCAGAACACCAUAGAGGAGUCGUUUGAAAAAUUCUGUGAGGGAGUUAGCUCGUACGGACCUGUUUGGGACCACUCUCUAGGGUACUGGAAAGUGAGCUCGGAGAGGCCCGAGAAGGUGUUAUUUUUAAACUACGACGACAUGAGGAAAGAACCCUUUUCCCACGUCAAAAAGCUGGCUGAGUUCCUUGGGUUUCCAUUCUCUACUGAAGAAGAGAACAACGGUGAUGUGACACGUAUCUUGGAGCUGUGUACUUUUGAUAAUUUGAGUAAUCUGGAGGUGAAUAGGACUGGAAAAUUGUCGUCUGGCGAGGAGAAUAAAGCAUUUUUCCGGCGCGGUGAGGUUGGAGAUUGGGUGAAUUAUUUAACACCAGAAAUGACCAAAAAAAUAGACUCUAUAGUUGAGCAGAAGUUGCAUGGUUCUGGAUUGAAAUUCUAGCAAUAAUUUUAACUUAUAAAGUUCUUAGAUCUUCUUUUCCAACUAUUGCAACAUACUUGUUCUUUAAUUUCUAUUUGUAGACGUUAUUGAAAAUGUUGCUUGUUGGGGGAUUUUCUCAGUUGAAAAUCUUGACCAUUUACAUCUUCUUUAAUUUAAAAAUCAUAAAUAAAGGUAUUGUGA